CUCGGAAUUCGAAUAUCCAAUGGUUUAAAUUUUAAUCCUCCCAAGUCCCAAAUCGAUACAGAUAAUCAGAAAGGAUCAAAAUAUAAUGAUCAAAUUCAAAUGGGAGUUUUGUCAAAUAAGAUUUCAAGGGAUGCCCUUAAACCCGGAGAUCACAUCUAUUCAUGGAGGAAUGCGUAUCUCUACUCCCAUCACGGAAUAUAUGCAGGAAGCGGAAAAGUCAUUCACUUUACAAGAGGACCGGGCCAGGAAAUAGGCACAGGAACUUUACUUGACAAUGUCAUCUUCAGCUCAUCAGCUUCCUCGGAUCGCUCAAAAUGCCCGUGCCCUGUAUGUGGCGACCAAUCAAAUCUCAGCGGGGUUAUCUCAUCCUGCCUCGACUGUUUCCUCUGGGACGGUGAUCUUUACGUCUUUAAGUAUGGGGUCUCGCCUGUUUUCUUCCUCGCAAAACCACGUGGUGGGACCUGCACACUUGCCCUCUCAGACUCAUCCGAGGACGUUCUUUUGCGUGCUUCUUUUCUGUUAGAGAAUGGUUUUGGUGUAUACAACAUUUUCAAGAACAACUGUGAAGACUUCGCCAUUUAUUGCAAGACGGGAUUGCUCGUUGUAACCGACAUCAGUGUGGGACGAAGUGGACAAGCCACGGCGUUUGUUGCUGCUGUGAGCGCAGUUGUGUCGUCCCCACUUAGAUUCUUGACUACUAGCUUCAGCGGGCUGGCUGCUGUCGGAUGUGGGUUGUAUUGUGUUAGCAGGUAUGUGGCUGAUAUCGGAGUGAGGCGUGAUGUGAUGAAGGUUCCUGUCGAGAGGCUUAUUGGCUGCCCUGAAUUAGUUAUGCCGGAACCAACUGAAACUGAAACCAAAACUGCUAAGCAGGACUAGUAUUUGAUCUCUUCUGCGUGACAUAUUGUUGAUGAUCAUGUAGUUAUCUAUUAAAACACAUUUGAAAUUUAGAAGUUGGUGAUUGAGAUUUUGGGGCUACCAAUUUGGUGAAAAUUGUAAAUGGCAUGUACUACUUUGUUCAAAUUAACAUUAAAAAGAAAUUGAGUGUUUUUUAAAAAAUAUGUGGAUUUCUGAUAAGUUGGAACGAGAAGAAA